AUGGAUGACCUUGCCGACUUUCUUGGCCACGACAUUAGAGUACACAGACAGUUCUACAGGCUCCCCGAGGGUACAUUACAGCUCGCAAAGAUCAGCAAAGUCCUUGUGGCCCUUGAGCGAGGACAAAUGUCAGAGUUCAAAGGAAGGAACCUUGAUGAGAUCAGCAUUGACCCAAAUGAGGAAAUGGCUGGGGACAGCAAUCUAUCUGAGAACGAGGAGUGUGAAAUGACCCCGGACCAGUUGCUUUUAACAGCCGGAUCAAGGCGAAAAAGGAAGUGCACGACUGAAGUUGAAUCUGACAGUGAUUCACAGGACACUACAGUGUGUCCCGUGAGUAAGACUGCAACAAAAAAAAGACCAGAUAACAAGAAGCCAGUGGGUGAAGACAAAUCUCCAGGUGAAUCCCAGAUCACCAAAGGUUCAUCAAAAAUGGCGAGAAGGAAGUGGAGCACAGAGGAGGUCCAGGCUGUGGAGAGCAAUCUCAUGGACAACAUCAACUCUGGCAGGGUUCCUGGUAAAGCCCAGUGUGAAGCAUGUAUCAAGGCAUCUUCAGAGGCGCUUAUGGGAAGGAGCUGGCAGGCAGUUAAGUUCUAUGUGAAGAACCGCAUUGACACUUUAAAGCGUCUGGAAAAAAACUAAUGGAAAUAUAAAUUGUAAUCACUGAACAUAAUUCUUUUUUGCUAUCUAGUUUUUCUACAAUCCCACAAGUAGGUACAGCUCUAGCUUUAAUUUAGUUCAUAUUUGAGCAUGUAAAGACAUUUUAUUAAGAUUGAUUGUCACAGCCAUGUCAACAGCUAUUUUGCUUUCAAAUUUAAGGUGUCUACAUCCUCUGUUAUUUCAUUGAGUGAUGUCAUUUUAUUUUUUAUCCUAAAGAACAUUGUGGUAGUGGGUCAUGGGUGGUUGGAGAAAUGGAGGUAGAGAGGGACACAGGUUGUAGAGAGAGACAUGUAUGCAGGGAGAGUGACAGGUUAAUAGAGAGUGACAGGUUUGUAGAGAGAGACAUGUAUGCAGGGAGAGAGAAAAGUUAGUAGAGAGAGAGACAUGUAUGCAGGGAGAGUGACAGGUUUGUAGAGAGAGAGACAAGUUUGUAGAGAGAGACAUGUAUGCAGGGAGAGAGAAAGACACCUGUCUUGAAGAUACUAGAUAUGUUGGAGAGAGAGACAGGUAUGUAGGAAAUGAGACCGGUAUGUAGAGAGAGAGGCAGGUAUGUAGGGAUAG